AUCGAUAAUGUGUCAUACCUAAGUUUUUAUAUUUACAAUUUUAGCAAGUUUUGUAAAUUACCGUAAAACUUAAGCAAUUUAGCAACAUUCCAAAUAGAUGGCAGAGACACCUGAACAACAAGGGGCCUUGAGCACCUCCUCCUCCUCCACGCCCGCCGACAAGGACUCCUCCAAGAUUUGUGUGCUCCUAAACGCAACGGGAAAUGUUCCCAUUAUCAAGAAGCGCACAUGGACUGUGGAUCCCAAUAAAACCGUCAGCUGGAUCCAGAAGUUUAUCCACAAAUUCCUGAAACUGGACGCCAAUGAGCAAAUUUUCCUCUACGUUAACCAGACAUUCGCUCCCGCCCCAGAUCAGAUAAUCAAGAACCUGUACGAGUGCCACGGGACCAAUGGCAAACUGGUGCUCUACUACUGCAAGAAUCAGGCGUGGGGCUAAAUCGAUACGCACUUGAUUUGGCUAAAUCUUAAGUAUUUAUUGUGUAUUUUAAUUAAUGUAAAUAAGCUGAUGUUGCGAACUCGA